GGCAAAAAAAAAAAAAAAGAAAGGCAGUUUCUUUGUGUGGGAACUGUAAUUUGGCAGCAACCCUCCUUGAAUCUUCGAUUAGCCGCCAUAAUUUCGCUUCCUUACAAAACCUCUACUUUUUCCACGUUCGCUCAGAACUUUUCCAUCGCUUUUUCCCGAGAAACAAAGAUGGCCUUUCGCUCCUCCCUCUUACGCCUCAGAUCGCAUCUCCUCUGCACCACCAGCAGCAGCAGCAGCAGGUUUUUCCAGUCUAAUUCUCCAAUCCUAUCCACCAUCAAAUCUGAACGUUUGCUUCUCUUCCCUCUUUCAGAUCUCCAUGCAAUCUCUAUGGAAUUUCCCUCACUCGCCGGUCUCCGAUUCUUCUCCACCGCCCGACGUCACCCUACCCGGCCGAAGAACGUCGACAUAGGGGCCCGAGCCCGUCAACUCCAAACACGCCGCCUCUGGACCUAUGCUUUGACGUUCAGUUGCAUCGCGGGUUUUAUCGUUAUCGUUUUAAACAACUUUCAAGAUCAAUUAGUGUUUUACGUGACCCCAACAGAUGCCAUGGAAAAAUACAAAGCGAACCCACAAAAGAGCAAAUUCAGAUUAGGUGGUUUAGUUCUCGAAGGAAGCGUGGUUCAACCCGUUUCUUCGCCUGAAAUGGAGUUUGUAAUUACAGAUUUGGUCACUGAUAUUUUGGUCCGGUAUCAGGGAUCGCUGCCCGACUUGUUUAGAGAAGGGCAUUCGGUGGUGGUCGAAGGGUUUGUGAAACCAUUCACGGAGGAGUUAAGGAAGGAGGUGGGAGCGAGAAGCGUUUCAGGGAAAGCUAGGAGCGGGAAGUGUUACUUCUCUGCUACGGAGGUUUUGGCUAAGCAUGAUGAGAAGUAUAUGCCUAAGGAGGUGGCGGCGGCAAUUGAAAAGAAUAAACAGCGAAUUGAAGCUGGUGAAGGAAGAGAAGAGGAACAUGUAAACUAAUUGGUACUAUUCUAAUUUUGAUUAAUUGAUUCUAUUCUAUAGUUGAAGGCAGAGGAUUGACGGCUACAAUUUGAAUUUUUAUAAUUUAGUGACAUUUGGUUUUUGAGAUACACAUUUAUAUGAAGCAGGAGGAAUGAUUGAUUAUAAUUGGCUAGUUGAAUUUUGUUCUUCACAAUUGUUCAGGCAAUACUCAUUGGUUUUGAGCGAGAGAUAAUUCGAUCAUUUGACGCUACUA